AUGGAGAAGCAGGUGGAACAACAAGCUGGGCCCACCACUUCUAAACGCAGCAGGCCCAACCCUGCUGCCAAAGGUGAUGGGGUGGGGUGUCCAACUAAGGGAAAGCGCCCCAGAGUCAGCAAGGCCUCUAUGGCAGAUGAGAAACUUGCUGAAAGACGCCAGAAGGCACUUGAAAAGCAAUUUCAAAAAGCCCAAGCUGCUCAGCAGCAACAACAGGCAGGCCCAAGUCCCAGGGAUGUUGAGGCAGGGCUUUCCCUUCCCACCCUCCAGCCAGAGGUCUCACCCUCUUUGCAUGCUGAGGAGGAUUUUGGAUUUUCUCCCAAUCCUUCUAGGGCCUCCAUGGGGUCCCCCUGCCACUAUCUGGUUGAGGAUUCCCUUGAUGACGGUGACUCCCUUGCUGGGGAAGAAUCCUUGGCUCCUUCUGAAGCUGAGCUAGCCCUGCCUCAGGCCCAGGAAUCCCAAUUGUCCAAAUCCAUGCAGGGUGUGGUGGCACGUGCAAUCUCUCAGGGUAUUUCAGAUGGAAUCCAGCAGUUGGCCUCUAAAUUACCCUUUGCCACUGCUAUUGCCUCUACUCCCAUAGCUUUUGGCAGUUCCAACAAGAAUGGUGCCAUUCUACCUCAGGAGCCCCUAGCUAGGGAGGCUUCCCCGGCCCCUACUGGGAUCAGUGAGGUAUCCGAUGGGGAGGAGACGGAGCAAGAUGCUCUGGACUUCUCAGAGGAUGAGAAUUCUGCACCCGAGGCGCCUGUCUCUUCGGGUCUCUUCAACCCCUCCAUGUUUAAGGCUAUCCUAACCAAGGCUAGGGCGGCGGCACCCCAGAUGGGUCUGCUGGCUCAGCAGAGAAAGUCCCUUCAGCUCAGGUUGCCUUUUGUGAAAAUUGUCGCAAAUAUAGAUCCGAUACUUUUUCUUCAUUUAUUUACACCAAUCAUAAUAUUUACAGCUGCAUUUGAGAUGGAUUUAUAUAUAUUUCGAAAAUCAUUUUGGCAGGUGGUAAUUCUGUCAGUUCCUGGAUUUUUGAUGAAUUGUGCUUUCCUUGGAUGGAUAACUUAUAAAAUUAAUAAAUAUAAUUGGUCUUGGGAUGAUAGCAUGUUGUUUGGCAUAAUUCUUAGUACAACAGAUCCUAUCCUUUCUGUGGCCUCUGUAAAAAACCUUGGCCUUUCAAAAAUAGUUAUCAACUUAAUUAAAGGUGAAUCUUUGUUUAAUGAUGCAACUACAGUAAUUAUUUUUGAAUUGUAUAAAGACCUCAUAAAUCAGAGCCAUCAAGAAGUAGAUGUAAUUUUUGGGUGGUCUCCAAGGGCAUCCCCUGCAGAGUGGGCUACAGUAAUCCCAAUGAGUGACCAUGAGCAAAGCUUUCCAGUUGCUGCAUUUGGAUUUUUGAGUUCAAGGAUAGUUCUUUAUUGGUUGCAACAUAUUUUCAAUGAUGGAAUAAUUGAAGUAGUUUUAAGCUUCUCCAUGGCAUACAUAAUUUUUUUUAUUGCUGAAUGGCUUGGCAUGUCUGGAGUUAUAGCUCUUUCUAUUCUGGGCCUUCUUUUAGAUUCGGUAUCCUUUAGUCCAGGAAUGGAUGUUUUUCUUUAUAAAUUUUUAGUUAUUUUGACAUUGAGUCCUUUUUUGAGUCGACUCGGCUAUGGAUUUAAUUGGCGUUGGGGAGCUAUUAUUGUUUGGAGUGGAAUGAGAGGCACUUUUACUUUGAACAUGGCUCUUCAAAUUAGCCAGUCAGAAAGUGAGACUCCAGCUGAGGCUAGCAUUAAGAAUCAGAUAUUAAUGCAUUCUGGAACAGCAUCACUGUUAACCUUGAUUAUUAAUUCAACCACUGUGAGGACGCUGGUUAUAACCUUAGGGCUUUGUAAUAUUACUCUUCCAAAGCGUAUGGCAAUGUUUAAUGCUAUUCAACGUAUUAGAAAAAUGGAGGCCAACACUUUUGCAAUGCUAAAACUUGAUCGAUUUUUGGCUGAUGCAAACUGGGCAAUGGCAGAAAAAGCAAUCAAAAUAGAUUAUCCUUAUAGAGCUAGUUAUCAGAAGCAAUAUAACAGUGGAAUGCUGAACCAAGAUGCUGCACAAAUAUUGAUAGGUGCAGCAGAAAGCUAUGUCGAUAUUAAUGGAAAGUUUAUGAAUAUUCAUGAAGUAAAAACUUAUUGGGAAAGCAAAGGCAUAUUGGUCACAAUUAAAAACUGGCUAACUGAAUGGGUUCACAGUGUGAAAGAGGAAAGUUUUAAGCAAUCAAGAAACAGGUUUUUGAGAACAUGUUACCAAUUAGCGACAAUGGAGGAAUUUGAAUAUAUAUGUUUCAUGGUAACCCUUUUGAACUGUUUUCCAAUUGCUCUUUACUUCAUACUUUCUACCGAUACACCAUUUUUUCCACAGCUAAAAAUGUGCAACUAUUAUUUUCUGGCUUUGUACAUACUGGAAGCUUUAUUGAAGAUAUCUGCAGUGGGAAGGAACUAUUUCAAUCAUCAUUGGAACCAGUUUGAUGUAUUAAUCAUAAUCAUUGGAAGUAUAGAUGUUGUAGUUAUCAAUAUCGUUAACUCAGUUAGCCCAACGUAUGCUAUUAUUUAUGUUAUCAGAAUAUUACGGUUUCUUCGUGUUGUAAGAGUUCUGCGUCUCUUUAAGCUAAUGAUACCAAAAAUGAUUUUCUUGUUGAAUAAACAAAUAAACAAGCAGCUUACUUUUCGGUAUGAUAUUGCCAAAGGAUAUGUUCAAGGUGAAGAAGAUGUAAAAAGUUUAAUUGGACAGAUAGCUGGUCACGAGAAAGUUUAUGUUGUGAGAUUAAUGCAGCGUGACUAUCCAGAUAUUGUCAUUGCUGUGAAAACCAAACAAGCAGUUCAAACGGUGCUAAAUACAGCUUUUGAAACUCUUAAAUUUAUGAUAUCAGGAGGAAUUGUGGAUAAAAAUGAAGGAAAUGAAUUACAUAAGGUGAUUCUUUUAAGAAAACAACAGAUUGGAAAACUUCCCCCUACAAUUGCCCCACCUACUGCACAUGACCUUCUAUGCAAUAUUGUGUGGCUUCAGGGUAAUAAAAAACAGAUAGAAUAUAUUCAGAAAAAAGCAGACAUUCUUUAUUAUGAUUAUGGAGAUAACAUAUGUGAAGAAGGUGAUAUGCCACAAGGAAUUCAUUUAAUUGUAUCAGGGAUGAUUAAGCUUUCUGGCAAAGCCCCUUCUUAUGGAGUUUCUAAAGAAGUUAAAGAUAAUCAAAAAGAGGCUGACAAAAAUAUGUAUGAAAGAAUUCGUAAAUCUGUUACCUCUUACUACACAGAUUACUUAGUGACUGGAGCUAUAAUAGGAGAGCUCAAUUGCUUAACUAAGCAAGAAAUGGAAUUUGGAAUUGUUUGUGAAACUGCUGUGCAGACAUGUUUCAUCUCUAUUGAUGAUUUGUUUGAAGCUUUUGAUACAUUUUUGGACCCACCUUCCCUGGAAUAUAAAAUAUGGUUAAAAAUUGCUCUUGAUGUUGCUCUCAAAGCCUUUAAAGAAAUUCUUCCAAAUAUGGAUUGGUCAUACAGAAUGUGUAUGCAGUUUUCUAAUACAUAUGUCGUGGAUGUACCAAAUCACACUAAAUGUGAUAUUUAUGAUGAAGCUAUGGAUGAGGUAAUUCUUGUACAUGGAACUGUGCAGGAUUGUCAGUCUGGGGAGCAUUAUUUGGCACCAUUCGUUUUACCCAAAACCUGCCAUCAGGUACAAGGUACUUCAGCUGCAACAAAAUUAUUAAUUAUACGAUCUGAAGAAAAAGGACAGCGGAAGAGCACAGGAACAACUAGUAGUAUAUGCCAGUAUCACUCGAGAAAAAGAUUUGGUGAGGAGGAACUUGAAAUCCUUGAUAUCAGAGAAUUUAAUUGA